UUUCCUGUUUGUGCUCGUGCAGAAAGCUAUGCUAUCGCGAGCUGUAAGGCCUGGUGCAUUAAGAACAACAUGGUAUGGAGGUUGCAGGGAAAGAGGGGAAGAUAACUAAAGAGAAAAACAAAAACAAUAAUAAAACGAGAACCAAAAAGUAGAAAACACAAUCUCAAAUCUAACGAAUCUGGAAACAAUAGAAUAACAGUAAACAAGAACAGAUAGCCAGCCACUUCUUGAGUUGACUAGCUAUCCAGGUAGCAAGCUAGCUGGAUAACAUUAGCUAACAUCAGCAAACACGCCGCUGGGACAGCAGACUGGAAAACAGACAUAGUGGGCACUUGUUUGCUUUUAAACCACAUUGUGAGUGCGGAGCAUAGCAAGUACAGCAGUACAACCUCACGGGUUGAAACGGUGGACGGGGCUUCACAUUGGCGCGUGCAUGCGGUUCGGGUCUGCGUGCGUUCUCCAUUUCGCCUUGUAAAACAGUUAAGGUGUCGUAAAGCAUUGUCGCCACUGACGACCAUCAAAACCUCGCCCCCUUUCUUAGUGACUUUAACCCCCACCCCCACCCCCACCCCACCCUGACCCUCCCCACAUCUCCGCCCCAGUAUGAACGAAGUUAGCGUCGUAAGAGAGGGCUGGCUCCACAAGAGAGGUGAGUACAUAAAGACCUGGCGGCCUCGAUACUUUAUCCUAAAGAGCGAUGGCUCCUUCAUCGGCUACAAAGAGAAGCCCGAGAUGUCUGACCCCAGCCUGCCACCCCUCAACAACUUCUCUGUGGCAGAGUGCCAGCUGAUGAAGACUGAGAGGCCCCGGCCGAACACCUUCGUCAUCCGCUGCUUACAGUGGACCACGGUCAUCGAGCGCACUUUCCACGUGGACAGCAAUGAGGAGAGGGAGGAGUGGAUGCGGACGAUCCAGGCGGUGGCGAACGGGCUGAAGACGCGGGAGGAGGAGGAGCCCAUGGACAUUAAAUUCGGCUCUCCCAGCGACUGCAGCGGCAUGGAGGAGAUGGAGGUGGCCAUGUCCAAGUCUCGCUCCAAAGUGACGAUGAGUGACUUUGACUACCUGAAGCUCCUGGGGAAAGGAACCUUUGGGAAGGUGAUCCUGGUGAAGGAGAAGGCCACGGGGAUGUACUACGCCAUGAAGAUCCUGCGCAAGGAGGUCAUCAUCGCUAAGGACGAGGUGGCGCACACGGUGACAGAGAGCAGAGUCCUGCAGAACACGAGACACCCCUUCCUCACUACAUUAAAGUACGCCUUCCAAACACACGACCGGCUGUGUUUUGUGAUGGAGUAUGCCAACGGAGGGGAGCUGUUCUUCCACCUCUCCCGCGAACGCGUGUUCACGGAGGACCGCGCUCGCUUCUACGGCGCCGAGAUCGUCUCCGCACUGGAGUACCUGCACUCACGGGACGUGGUCUACAGGGACCUCAAGCUGGAGAACCUCCUGUUGGACAAGGACGGCCACAUAAAGAUCACAGACUUUGGCCUGUGCAAGGAGGGCAUCACGGAUGGGGCCACCAUGAAAACCUUCUGUGGCACUCCUGAGUACCUGGCACCCGAGGUGCUGGAGGAUAAUGACUAUGGGCGGGCGGUGGACUGGUGGGGGCUGGGCGUGGUCAUGUACGAGAUGAUGUGCGGCCGGCUGCCCUUCUACAACCAGGACCACGAGCGGCUGUUCGAGCUCAUCCUGAUGGAGGAGAUCCGCUUCCCCCGAAACCUGUCCCCAGAGGCCAAGGCCCUGCUGGCCGGCCUGCUCAAGAAGGACCCCAAACAGAGGCUGGGAGGCGGGCCUGAUGAUGCCAAAGACGUGAUGUCCCACAAGUUCUUCACCUCCAUCAACUGGCAGGACGUCCUGCAGAGAAAGUUGGUCCCGCCCUUCAAGCCCCAGGUGACGUCCGAGACGGACACGCGCUACUUUGAUGACGAAUUCACGGCACAGACCAUCACCGUUACGCCCCCGGACAAGUAUGACAGCCUGGAUUGUGAAGACCCAGAUCAACGCACACAUUUCCCACAAUUCUCCUACUCUGCCAGCAUACGGGAGUGAUGCUCGCAUGCACUCUCUCUCUCUCUCUCUCUCUCUCUCACCUCUGCUUUCACUCUCCACAUCUUUCUGUCUCUCUCUCUCUCUCUCUCACUCUCUCACUCUCACUCUUGUUCACGCUCACUUUCUUCCUUUCUCUCGCUACACACGCUCAUUGUGGUGGAAUGGUCUUAGCAGCUCCCUCUCUUACACCAGCACACCAGCAGAGAUGAAAAAUAAGAGUCCGAAAAUAGACGCACAGACACGGGCAGACGGACGGACAGACAACUGACCUCAGCGGGAGCAAAGUGCCUUGACUGGCAGCUGUCACUCAGACCUGCCCCGCCCACAGCCUGCCUGCCUGCUUCGCCCACCACACUACACUGCAGCACAGUCACACAGCAGUCCUCUGCCUGGAAGGAGAAGAAAAAAACAAAAAACUAACCAAAAACUUUUCUUCUUUUUUUUUUUUUUUUAAAGAGAAAAUCAACUCCAAAAAACAGCAUUUUUAAACCUUUUUUCCCCACAUGAUUGUUACGGUUUUAAAAGCCAUAUUUCAGCAGUUUUUACAAGUGCUCUUUCUGGGACUAGCUGUUACCAAUAGUAUAGAACUGUUCCUAUGGGCGCAAGGGAGUCGGGACGAUUCUGGGAGCAGAUUGGCCAUUUCUCUUCCCACUCUAUGUGCGUUUGUUCAUCUGCUGGAUGUAUACAUCUGAAAAUUGUGUGUAUGUGUGUCUGACAGUUGUGUACAUCUGAAAACGUGUGUGUUUUGCUUAUGUAACGUGGGGGAACCGGGGGGGGGGGGGGGAGACGCUAAACACAAGAGACAUGAAGAAAUUUGAGCUUUAAACGAAACAAACUCUGGGGAGAGCUGUGUCCUAGCGGAAAUACCCUCAGGGCUCGCUAAAGAAGCAAAACCAGGGAGCUCUCAAGUCUUCAGUCUGAAGGGGGUGGAAACAUGCAUUCAAGAGGCCCACACGUCUGAGGGUUGCUACUGUUCUGAAGCAUAAAUGUUGUAAUAAUUUGUCAAUCAUGCUUUCAGUUGUACGCGCAGUCUGCGGGGGGGGGGGGGGGUGGUAUCAGUCUUCAAAAGGUUUUGUAAGAAAUUUUAAUAUCUCAACUGAGGUAAGCCUGCCUGUCACUAGGCUCAUGAACUAGUUUGUUUUAUAUUGAAACACUGACUGACACAGCAAGGGGUUGGCACUUAAUAAGAGGAGCUCUACAUCUGUUUAAUCCGAUGGAAAGGAUUUCAUUUUUUUCGCCCUUCGAGCAUUUUUCAUUUCGUCUGCUGCAACGUUGGGAAGUGGUCAGUGGGGGGCGCCAGUAGCCGGGUGGACGGAUGGAUUUGCACUGGAGUCCCAGGGUGAGCCAUCUCUCAAAGCCCUGCUUGGGCACCUGGACAACUGUAUGUUCACUGAGCUGCACACCUGCCUGUCGUUAGGAGACGGGCCUGCAGGUGAUGCAGUGUGCUAUAUGUGAUGAGGGUUGUGUUCAGUUACGCCUUUUAAAAGAUAUAAUUAUCAUCACAUUUUUUUGUUUUAUGUUGUCCAUUUUGUUUUGCUUUGAUUUUGUUUCUCUCCCUGUCCAUCCCCCUAUCCCUUGAAACUUUGGAAGACUAAUUUAGUCUCAUUAAAAUAUAUAAAAAAUAUAUUUGUGAAAAUA